GGACCAUAAAAUGCCCUUUGAAUUAAGUAAUAUGGAAGUCGUUGACCUUGACCAUUUCAAUGGAGUUCAAUGGAGUGAAGGGCUUGGAAACCUUAUUUUGAGUAGAUUGAAGAAGAAAUGAAGGGUGAAGUGGAGACAGGUGUUGUCAGCUUUUUGGGGAAACAUUACUGUGAAGUGGUGAGCAGGGUGGUAGGGAGGUAAGGGGUCAAAGGAGAAUUUUUUAAAAACCAUGGUUCAUUUUGUCAUUUGCCUACUAUAGGCCAUUGGCGUUUUUUAAAGUUCUUUUGCUCUUACAGAUUGCUAUAAUGAACUUCCUUCUACAGUUGUGCGGCUUUUCUAAGCUAGGCUCCUUGGAGGUUGGAACUGCUGAGCCCUAGGCCACGUGUGUUUCAGAUUUUAAUAGAUACUGCCAAACUGCCCCCAGAGCGAUGGCAGCAGUAUGUGCUUUCCCCAUCAGUGCGUGAAAGCGGAGGGAGGUUUUUCUGAGGGUGGGCGUAUGUUUAUUUGCUGGCACGAUAGUGAUGAGUAAAGAGGUGAUGAUGAUGCAAGAGGCAGGGUGAUCAGCAGAGCAGCACAGUCCUUACAGGGGUGCCCGGGGAGGGGCGUGAGCACAAGCGGUGAAAUGGGCCGUGACACCAGGAAUGCUUCCUUCGUUGUAGCAGAGCCUAAGGAAGAGGAGAUUCCUGCAUUUCUAGGUAGGAUUGUAGAUUUGGACAGAAGACGCUGUCUGAAUGCUUCUCUUAUUUGUUUGUUUGUUUGUUGGCUUGUUUAUUCAUUCAUUCCUUCCAAAGAUUUUAUUUUUAUUUAUUUUUUUCCAUUCUUUUUUUUCAAUUUUAUUUUUUAUUUUUUAAAAUUCACAUCCAAAUUAGUUAGCACAUAGUGCAACAACGAUUUCAGGAGUAGAUUCCUUCGUGCCCCGUACCCAUUUAGCCCAUCCCCCCUCCCACAGCCCCUAAGAUUUUAUUUUUAAAUAGUCUCUGCACCCAACGUGGGGUUCAGACUCACCACCCGGAGGUCAAGAGUCACCGACUGGGCCAGCCAACUGAGCCAGCCAGGCGUCCCUGAAUGCUCCUCUUUUAAAAUGAAAUAUUUGGGUAGAGCAACAGCUGAAAGUCAGAUGGUGGGGAGAGAAUUGAAGGAGGUUUGAGGAGAAGGCAAGUGUCAUUUUGGAGAGUAGGAAGCUUACAAGGGCAGCUUUGGUGGGAUUGCUUGGCAUGGAUGAGUGCCCCGUUGAGCUUUGUGAUCAUGAACUUCUAGUGAAGUCGGCCAGCUUGGUUAUGUGAUCUUUUUCCAGCAGCAUUCAGUUGUGUGGGCACAAGCGCAGGGAACGCAGAUAACUGUUUCACCAGGAUUGGAGAUUGGAGUUUUGCCACGUGGCAGGGAUGGAGAGGACACGGGAUUGAGGGUGUUUGCAAGGGCGCGAUGCUAAUUACCAACUAUGGAAUCACAGUUGGACAGAGGACGGAGUGGAAGAAGUGGCUGGAGUAGGUAGAUAAUGAAAAAGUGGUUGGGAUACGGGCUUCCCAAGAGGGCAGGAAUUGUACUGGAGGGGUAACAGAGCGAGUUACAUGGAAGUAUGGGAGCUUAUUUAAGAGCACGAUUGAAACAUAGUAAAGGAAGAACAGAGCUCUUAAGAUAACGUAAAGAUAACGCAUCUUCCUCUUUUAGGGCCGGUUGCUCUGGGUUCCCUAAACACUGCAGGGGUAAGAGCGCUAAUACAUCACCAAUUUGCCUGUAGCUGUACUGAGAGGGGAGCUUUGAGAUGCACCCUUUUUCCCCCUCCACCCGUGCAUCUAGAGCUCACUUUAGACUUCAUAGAAGGUAACCGCAGUUCAGAAGAGGUUUCUGAAACCAUGCUCUUGACGACAUUGGUCGUGGGAAUAGGAGUGGUACUUGACCGGCCCGAGCCGCAGUCUCUGGGAACUCACAGUGUGUGUCCCCUGAAUUCCAAACCUCACCUGUGUCCUUGAUUGCUGGCAGUCUUGGUAAUGGGCAGAGGUGGCCUGCAGGGUUAUAUCCAGGGUAAAAUUUCCGUUGAUUUUGGCAGUCUUGAUUGAUUUUAUCAGUGAGUAAGUAUAGCGCAGUGGAAACUGUCUUGGAGCCCUACAAACUCGUGUUCAGCUUUUGGCUCCUUUCAGUCCCAAGUUCCUUUUAUAUGUGAAAAAAAAUAAAGCAGGGCCUCCCUUCCAGAGACACUGUGAAGAUGCAUUGAGAAAACGCAUGCAUGGUUCAGGCACGUGGAAUGUUCUUUGUACAUAACAGCUGCCGGUGGUGUCCUGUCGAAGCCAUCAAGCAGGGGUGUGAUACUCACUCCCGGGUUUGUCUUGCAGGGGGUUGAGUCCCCUGACCAGAAUGCAGCCACGUCUCUGCCUUUCUUCCUUGAGUCUCCGGUGCUUUGUGAAGACAGUGCUUUAUCUGGACCAGCUUUUCAGACUUGAAUGUGCCUGCAAACCACCUGGGGCAUUUGUUGUGAUGCUGAUUUUGAUUCUGUAGGUCUAGGGCGGGGCCUGAGAGUUUUCCUACUUAAGUAGCUCCCCGCUGAUGCUCGGGCUGCUGAUACUAGUCUAUGGGUCAUAUUUUGAGUAGCAAAAUUCUGUUAGAGAACUGCCCUGUGGGAAUCCUUGCUAUUUUAAGCUGAGAGGAAGCAAGGUUAAAAGAGCCCUAUUCUUUGAACUUUUUUGUUUUCUUAACUCAAGUUCAGUUGGCCCUCAUACGGCCCAUGUCUAUAGCUCAGUGUUGUGGUGAGUGUGUGUUGUCUCUACCCGUCCCGAAGGCGAAAGGAAUAUAAAUUAUGUACAGAGGGUUGUCUUGGAUUUCUUCUGGAAAAAUCUUCAGUGCCUGAUUUCCCAGGUAUAUUUUUACGAAAUUUUGUUGGCUCCUCAGAUGGACACGCUUCCCCCAGCAGCCUUUUAUACCCACAGAGAAACCUGCAUAAAACAUGCAGUCUCUUGAAUUGUUAGACUUUGUGGCAGAGAAUACAGAAUGUGGCUCCAAACCCUUCUGAGCGUCUGGUCCACCAGACUCUUCACAUUACAAAAUCCAGCACUUUCAGAAGCAGGAAUUCGAGAUGCAUUAUAGGGCUAGAAUUACUGGCAGCACCCAUAUUGCUGUCCCCGAUAAUCUGAUUUUUUCUUUCUCAGAAGCAGGCAUGCCAGACUUCCUCUGUGGGCCCUCCCUCGGACAUUUCCUUCUCUGAUGCUCCGAUUCACAUGUUCUCUCCUCAGAGCUAAUACUCAGCCUCUGAGUUUCAGAGUACAGUCACACAGCCUGAUGAAAUGUUCUAACAGAAUGAAGUAUGUGUGCAUCCUGAUCGUAUGUACGAGAGAAGACCGUGAUCCUUUUCAGAGCGUCUUCAUGGUGUGGAAUUGUUAACACCUUUGUGUCUCUUCACCGGCUAUAAAUCAUAGGUUUCCUUAUUUGACUUUGACGAUUGGGGAGAUUUUUUUCCCCCUCUAAUGUCUUUGUUUUCUUUCCUUCCCCCCCCCUCCCUUUUUUUUUAAGGUAGGAAAAUGUGGACAUGCAGGAGCAUGAAUAAAGAAGGUUCGCUUAGCUUGCCUGUGAAUUUUUGGAGUUUUUUUGGUGUCUUUGACGAAAACACAGAAGAGUUUGAUUUCCGACCAGACUGUUUACCCAGUUUUAAAAAUCAUGAUCAGAAAAGGAGAAAAGGGAGAGAAUCGUUUAGAGUAGGUAUUUACAAACUCUCCCUGUGGUUCCAAAGUUUAUAAUGGAUCCACUUACGAGUGUUUUGGAGGUCGUUUUCGGGUUUUUGUGACAUAUCUGAACUUUUCUUAUUUUGUGUCGGAGCUCUUUUCUCUACGCAUUUUUCUUCUACUUGGCUCCAGGAGAGUAGGAGUAUCUUUAUCCCAUCCCAAACUUGACCAAAAGAUAACACCAUAAAGGGACAAUACACGAAAUUCUGUCGUAUUUGUUUUUUUGAUACUUGGUUAAGAAUGAACGCGUCCGUUUUGUGUGUUCAAAGAGUUUGCAAAGACUGCAGUCGCUUAACAGUGUGAUUUUCAUGCAGAUAUUAAGAAUGGAGUAUAGAGAGGUCUGGUAACUUACGAUUUCCGGCAUAGACUAUGAAACUAGAGAGGAAAGUUGCAUUUAAAAAUUGAUUAUAGAUGAAACAGUUUAUAGAAAGUCAAGAUUUAUUUUCCCACGGAAAAAAAAAGGCUGUCUCGGGUUUAGAUUUGGACGUUCUUAGGCCUCUUUUGUACUGGAAAUGAGGUAAUCCUGCCUUCAGAGGAAGCAGAGAGGUUCUGGAGAAAGCAAAAGAAAAGGUGUGGGUGAGGCUGAGAAUCCUGGCCCCACCUCCAAGGUUAAAUGAGCUGGGAGUUGAAGGUGGGAGGAGAGAAAAGGUAUUUCUUAUAAGCUCUCUGGCAGAAGGCAGGUAGUUGGUGGUGGAAGAAAAGGAAAAGUGACUUGUCUCCUACCCUAAGAGAACAAAGAAUUCCACUGGAGCGGGCCCUAAUACGGAAGCACUACAGCAGGAAAGAUUAGGCGGGGAGAGCCAGAGGACCUGUACCUGCGCAGGGCCUGCCUUGAGGGUGAGGCUUGCAGACCUUACUUGGAGAUUUUACAAGCAGGCGAGAGCCGUUUCAACAUGUCUGAGGGGAACAGAACCCUGAGGCAGCUGCAAGGGGGAGUGAAAUAGUCCUCAAAACACAGAAUGUAUAGUGGACCUACUGUGUGCUAGGUACUAUGCAAAAGAUUCCAUGGCCCGAAAUAGAUGGACUCUACCCUGAGAGGUGUGGCUACAGGAGUCAAGAUUGGGUAACCAGGAGCCGACAACAACUCCUGACGCAAUGGUUCAGCCUUUUACUACCAUCCCGUUUCCGCCACCUCCCCAGAAUGGAAUUCCCACAGAAUACGGAGUGCCACACACUCAGGACUAUGCCGGCCAGACCAGUGAGCAUAACCUGACGCUGUACGGGAGCACGCAAGCCCACGGGGAGCAGAGCAGCAGCUCCCCCAGCACACAGAAUGGAUCUCUCACGCAGACAGAAGGGGGCGCACAGACAGACGGCCAGCAGUCACAGACACAAAGCAGUGAGAACUCAGAGAGCAAAUCUACCCCGAAACGGCUGCAUGUCUCUAAUAUUCCCUUCCGCUUCCGGGACCCCGACCUCCGACAGAUGUUUGGGCAGUUUGGCAAAAUCCUAGAUGUAGAAAUAAUCUUUAAUGAACGUGGUUCUAAGGGAUUCGGGUUCGUAACUUUCGAGAAUAGUGCUGAUGCAGACAGGGCCAGGGAGAAAUUACACGGCACCGUGGUAGAGGGCCGUAAAAUCGAGGUGAAUAAUGCUACAGCACGCGUAAUGACCAAUAAGAAGAUGGUCACACCAUAUGCAAAUGGUUGGAAAUUAAGCCCCGUGGUGGGAGCUGUCUAUGGCCCUGAGUUAUAUGCAGCCUCCAGCUUUCAAGCAGACGUGUCCUUAGGCAAUGAUGCAGCAGUGCCCCUAUCAGGAAGAGGGAGUAUUAACACUUACAUUCCUUUAAUCAGUCUCCCUUUAGUUCCUGGCUUCCCUUACCCGACUGCAGCCACCACGGCGGCCGCCUUCAGAGGAGCCCAUCUGAGGGGCAGAGGGCGGACGGUCUAUGGGGCAGUCCGAGCGGUACCUCCAACAGCCAUUCCCGCCUAUCCAGGUGUGGUUUACCAGGACGGAUUUUACGGUGCUGACCUCUAUAUAGAGUCUGCAAACUGCUUCAGAUCCAACAGGGCGGAUACGCAGCCUACAGAUAUGCACAGCCGGCUACCGCGACCGCGGCCACAGCCGCUGCCGCCGCCGCCGCAGCUUACAGCGACGGUUACGGCCGAGUAUACACAGCCGACCCCUACCACGCCCUGGCCCCUGCCGCUAGCUAUGGAGUUGGCGCUGUGGCGAGUUUAUACCGAGGUGGCUACAGCCGAUUUGCCCCCUACUGAAGUGACGUGAGACCCCGCAAAUGGGACAGCCCCCCAGUUCAUGAGGCCUGGCUAUUGCAAUAUUUACUAGUAGAGGAACUCUAUAGCAAGAUGAAGAGGAAAAACAAACAAACAAACAAAAAAAAACACAAAAAAAGAGAGAAUACUUUUUUAUACCUCACUAUGUUCUUUGAAUAUGUAUUUUUCCUUUAAAUUUCUGCCUUUAAUUCUUUUGUUCCAAAGAUUGUGCAGUUUUUUUCUUUUUUUUUCCUUUUUUUUUUUUAACUGUGGUAAAAAAAAAAAAAAAAUAAUGCAUUUCCAUGUCUGUAUGUCCGUGCUAGCUCAUUCUGUCAAUCACGGAAGAGGCAGUUCAUGAGGAAGGAGAGACCUUAGGAGCUGAUGAAUGCAUGUGAUCAGAAAUCAGCAGACAGAGUUACCAAAGUGUAUCCGGUGCUGAGUGGCUGGGGGACAAGCAGAAGUGGAGAUCUUUCUGCGACAGGAUAUUCUUCUAGUCUUCUGAGUUUCUGGUCUUCGGCACGCAAUUCUGGUUGGCUGUGGCUGGAAUCCACAUGCUGAUAGAUGACAGGAAUUUGUGCUUGCAAAGCGGGAGAAUUAAAAGCCACUGUCCUCUCCUCUUCCCUCCUGUCUUCUCCAUCCUUUUUACAAUCAUCUUACCUGCACAGCCUGAGACGGUUGGCAUAGUUUUUGGAAUUAUAGUAUUAAUAUUUCCAAACACGCUCUCAGACUGUGGAUAAUAAACACCUCAUUAGGAAACCGAUCUCAGAAUGAACUCCGGAGUGUGAAAAAGAUCAUUCUUUUCUUUCUUGAGAUCCUAGCAUUCCUGCUGGGCCUCUUCUCCUUUCUCUGAACCACGGCUUGGCUCAUCUGUGCUUUUAUGAACUCCCUGCUCCCACGUCCUCAAGAGUCAGGAAUUUAGGACCCAGGGACAGGAGAAUAAAUAGCCAGCGACCAGAUUUCCCGGCUUGAGGGUUAGAAGUACAGAGUGUUGGGAGUUAAAGACAGUAAGGAAAAGAAAAGGGAUAUCGGAGGGUGUCUGGCAGGGCUCUGAUAUUCCUGUGCUUUCUCUUACAUCAGGAGGGCAGUACAAGGUGUAAAACGUAUGAAAACCGUUAGCAAAAGAUCAAGCAUUGAGUGCCGGGUCUGCUGUCCCUGGAAGCUUGCGGUGACCGGGGCACGGAAGGGCAGGCAGGGGCGCUUUGUACUGGCUCCAAAGCCAUAGGAAUCUCCAGCUCCCGGGGCCUCUGCAAGCCACUUCUCUGUCCACAGUCUUGAGCUCUCGUGGCCCUUCCGCCCGGCUUCUCAUCAUCCUCCAAAGACGCCAGCCGAGCACCCGCCCACUUGGCAUAUAUACCAACACUACAGGAUAUCAAAUCCGAGCCCCUGAGGUUGCUCCCCUCCCAUCCUGGAAGGAGAGUCUGACGUGGCAAGGAUCUUCUAUGUUGCCAGGAAGAGUCCUGUGGUGGCCGCAGCAGUGGGUCACUGCCGCGGCCCUGCGGCUUUGAUGUUACAUGUAUAAGCAAGGUAGGGGAGAGGCGUUUCUCUUCUAGCUGGUAAUGGUAGAGGCCAGGGUCCUGCCGCAUUUCCAAAAUGAAGGCCUGAGAAAAUAGAAAAGCACGUUCUGUUUGGCUCCCUGGUCUAUUCACGUUGGUACUAGGGUGACCUCUCACCCAAGGGAUAGCUGCUCAAGGGAGUAAUUCAGAGACAUGGAGCUUCCGGUUUGGUAUGGGUUUAUUUUCCGUUUGUGUUUUUGUUUUUGUUUUUGUUUUUUGACUCCUGCCUCCACACAUGUUCUUGACUGAUGACUAUUCGUGUCCCUGAAUUAAAAUGACUGACACAUGGCAGCAUGAAGCAUCCUUUGUAAGCAGAGUGAUCUGUCCGGGAGGGACUGGCCUGUCGUGUAAAGCACAACUCUUCUCCCCCCUCGGAAGCCCCGCUCUCCUGAUGACCGGGGGAGAGGCUGUCCCUGAAACGAGGGGAGACGUCAAGGAAGAUAGAGGCCUCGAUGCAAUCUUAACUGAUUCUGGGGAGGACUGCAUGGAACAGGGGACACCAAACUGCCCGGGCCGUUGGCCACUUUGAAGGGUUCUCCUCCCCAAGCCAAAGUUUGGUUCGUUGCCGUCAAGACAAUUUUUGUUGUGUUGUAUAUAAAUAUUUUAGUUAGAGGAAGGGUUCAUGGGAUGUGGGGGCUAUCACAGUUCUAGAGAAUGGAGGCAGGGAGGAUUUUUUUUUCCCCCCCUUUGCUUUUGGCUUUUGUUUUGAGGGAGAGCCUUUACUGACUAAAGACACAGAGAAACCUCGGGUUGUGUUCAAACAGGGGCCAUUGACAAAAAUGGCAAACCACGGCUCGGUGGAGACCAGGCCAGAUUUUACGCGGUUGCGGCUGUCGCAGGGGAAUGAGCUUAAUCAUUUGCUCUUCUUGUGUCCGAGAGAGAGACCAGAACGGUGGGAAAGGGAGAGAAGGCAGCCCCCACCGCCCUUCGGAAAGAGGCGGAAGCUGGAGCUUGGGGUUCCUUGCGUGCAUUUCAGUUCAGCGGGUUCUGGCUGAGGACUCCGCGGGCAGGCCCUGCGUGCCCUGCUGCGUCUCCAGGGAUGGCUUUGAGCACGGCUUCCUCCAGUCCCUUCUCUAAGGAAGGCCAAGCAGAGUUCGGCUUUCGCCAGAGGGCCUUUGCUUUUUAGCGUCAGCACUGAGACUCGGGGCUCCCGUGAGCACCCGAAGGAGACGGUGUCGGCCUCCCCCUCACCUCUUGAACUUUGAGACUCCGUACAGCCAGCCCCCUCGGAGGCAGGUUCCUCGGAGCACCGAGGCUUGUCUGCUCCCGGCUCUGGUUCCCGUCGCACCGAGCGACCGAGCCGGGAGGGAGUCUGGCGUCUGGGGGCUCGUGGGCGGAUGCCGCUCGAUGAUCCAAAAACCUCACCGAUGCUGAAGGCCAGCACGUGACCGAUUUCCACAGCUUUCCCGUAGCUCCUGGCGUGGACUCCUGUGCUUAGCAUCUUACUCCUAGAGAAGCUGGGCUCCUUUAAGGAGACCCCUAGUGAAAACCGUCCUCUUGGUCUCCCUCUUUCGGCCCAGAGAGCUGCCCGUAGGUCUUUUCUGGAAUCCCUUGUGGUGCGCGGUUCACCGGGUCAGACAUUGUGACUCAGCGUUGUUAAGGCUCUCGGGUUUGCCGGCCUUGCCGCCGCCCCCGGCCUCCGGCAGCCACGAGGUGGGAUGGAGCCGGUGUCACUUGUCCUCGAAAAAGAAGGGCACUGGGGCUCAACUCCUAGUUUAAGAGGGGAGCUAGUGGACAUUAUUCAGUAGAAACCCGGGACAGCAGCUUUUCCUGAAAAGUAGAACCCCUCAGGGGCUGGGCCGCUCUGACUUCAGGUCAUACUUUCCUAGCCGUGCAGUGGAGCAGUGGGUGAGUCAACACCCCCGUUAGUUUCCCGAUGGGAGGGAGGUGUAGACUCGGGAUUGGAAGCCACCUCGAGGACCUGCAGGAAGGCCUUGAUCACCCCCCUUUCCUCGGGCAGGCGCGCGAGGCCACGCCAGGGUCCAUCUGGAAGGCACGCCGGCCGGGAGCCCGGCGUCCAGCCCCCUCUGCUGCUUGCAGCCUCUAGGACAGUAACAUUUGCAGAAUUGCAGACUUUUUUCCCCCAGUUGAUAGGAAGAAAGGGACUUUGGGGGGUGGGGGUUGGGGAAGGGGUAGUGGUGUUUUAAAAAGCAUAAGUUACCUGUUUGCACUGUUAUAAGAUAGGAAAAAAAAAUAGUGGGCAAGGUGAACAUCAGACGUAAAUUUGCGUGUUUUUAUUUUGUCAUGCUCUUGAAGAUGUCUGACCAUUUGUAGGUAUACACCAGUGAAACUUGAUUCUCUGUUGCAUCAAACACUUCUUUUUUUUUUUUUUUUUUUUGGCAAUGUUACUGUCCACAAACUUCUCCCCUCCCUUUCCCUGUUCCUGUGUACUUCUUCAUACUUGCUUUACUGAUCAACCAGGCAAUAGCCAUCCAAGAGCUAGAGCGUGAAGCAGGGCCCUCUCCAAGUAGGCUCCGGGUGUCCUAAGCCAGCACGUGCCCUCUGGUUUAGUGAGUGCAGUCGAGUCCCUGGCACCUGUCUUGAAAACAAGGCUUCCAGACCAGACUCCAGCAAGUUCUCGAAUUCCUGAAUCCGAUGGACCAGGAGCGAGGAGCUGAGCGUGGAGGGGACCCCUCGGGUACCGAAGUUGGCUGUAGUAGCUGAGUUCUUCUCCACGUUACCGGAACUGUAGCCAGUUACAGUUUACUCAGGAAAACGGUAGAUCAAUUCAGCCAUGGUAGUGCUGGUUGGCAGGGAUUGGUAACUGAGGGAACUGCUCGUCAGCCAAAACGCAAACCUUGCCUUUAAGGAGACUGCCGGCGGGGGGCUGGGGGGGAGGGGGGGGAGGGCCUUUCCGUGUCCCUUCUGGCUGGUGGUCACACACGCCUGUGUGGGGAAGGCCCGGUCACACUGGCAAGCAAAAAGGGAACAUCGACUCUCUUUCCUCUCCCCACCCCCUGCCCCAGUCACCGACACCAGAUUCCCAGGGGGUACACGCGGUUUUGAAUUUUUUUUUUUUUUAAGUGACUUUCGGUUUGGUUUUUCUGGGGACUGAUAAGUGCUUUAAGCAAUGUCUCUACCCCGUUGAGACUCCCAGCUUAGCCAUUUUCUUGUAUUUUUCUGUUCGCAGUAUGUGUGUGUGUGUGUGUGUGUGCGCUCGUUUUGGCUGUAUUAUAUAUCGAGUGAUGAAUUGAUCCUCUUUUUUCCCUAAGGGAUAUGAACUGUUUUUGUUUUUGUUUUUGUUUUUUUUCUUGUGUUCUAAUUCUGCUUGUGAAUAGCUGGAGCAAACCUGGGGCUGACACACGUAAGCUAGGGCUCAAGUGCUCAGAGAGCCAGCGCAGUUGACUCGUCCCUGACGGGCGACCGGCCUGCGUCUCUGAGCCUUUCAGUCCAAAUCUUUGCAAGGCUGAAAACGCCACAGACCCUCUCCUCUCCUCCCCACCCCCCAUGGCAGGGACUGGACCAUCCCGACAUGCAACACGCAGCCUCUCCGGCCCCCUCCCGUUGCCAUGGCAAAACAGGUACCUUUGGGGCACGGGGGCAUCACGUGGGAUGCUUGUACAAUUGACCACCUCGCCUUCUCUCCCCACCCCCUCACCCCCAGAGUCACUUCCUAGGACACCCGAGCUGCUUGCCCAGGGUCCUGUUUCCCUGCGAACUCCAGAGAAGCACCCCAGGGCUUUGUGACAGUCUCUGACUCCCUCCCCUUCUCGUUAAGAAUCAUAUUGUAUAGUAGCUUUCAGACCAUACAGUAUUCAUUGGGUUACUCCUAUUAUUAUCAAGUAGCUGGAAUUGUGAAGGUCGGAGUAGUUAGAUCUUUAGCUUUUAUUCCUUAUUUUUUUGUAUUACUAUCCAUGUGUAUAAAUUAUUGAUCAUGUUGCUGGCUUUUAUAAACUCUAAGCAAAGGAGGAGCACUGUCUCUGCCUUUGCAAAUGGUAAUGAAGCACUGUUUUUAAAUAAAAGAGAGAAACACCA